UGACAGGAAGACACAGCAGGUGAGGAAACAAUGAGAUGAAAUGAUCAGAACAGAAAACAGACUGGCAGAAGACACAGAAAAAGAGUUUGAAAGCAUUUGAUGACAUUUUGGAUUUCAACUAAUUGUGAGAUGCUUGUGACAGUGAUAUCUGUAGCCAUGGUGAUGCUGACAGGUCACCUGAUAUAUGGGCUCCCCAUGGACGGAAAAAUGAGAAAUUCCAGAGCCCUUUCAGAAGAGCUGUGUGAUGCAGGAUAUUUCAAGUCUGUCUCUGGGUGUCUUCAGUGCAAACCCGGUUUCUUCACCAGUCAGAAAAACAGAGAAGACAUAUGCUACCGCUGCUUCCAGAACUGCUUACCUGAAUUCAACAUGACGGUGGUGGUGGCGUGUACGAUAACAUCAGAUGUGGAGUGUCGCUGUCGGGAGGGUUACACUUGUACCGCGAUCGAUCAAUACACAGGCCAAUGUCACAGUUGUGCUCCUGUCUCCACCCCAGUCCCGUCCUCCACCUAUGCUGACGUCCCUUCAUCCACUACAUCCACCACUUCAUCCACAGAGACAGCUGAGAUCGGGCUGGGUGACAAUAGUGUUGUGGUGUUGGUUUUAUGUGGGUUCAUUUCUGUAAUGUUAUCCGUCAUCAUCCUCAUGCUGUUCCUCCGGCUCUGCAGGAAGAAAGAGAAGGAAUGUUUUAAGCAUUUUGUCAGGCAGUGCUCCUUGGGUGAUAUGGAGGUGGACAGUGAGACUACACCUCCUACCAGCCAACCAAAUGAGCAGCCCCAUGCCCAGGAGAUGCUGUCAGAUGGCAGCACACCCACCAAUCACAACACAGACUGCUCAUUUCAUCAGCCAAUCAGCUCAGAGCAGGCUGUGCCUCCAGCUGGCAAUUUAGGCCCUCUUCACAUCUAUGGUCCCCAGACAGUUUUUGUUAGUUUGCUCAAUCAAUUUGGAUGGGAUGGCGGCGAGAAAAAAGCACACGAACUCCAAGAAGAAUCACUAAACAACACCAACGUGUCCUACCCUCAGUCUCCCCCCAUCCAUCUGUCUGAGGAGGAAAGGAGCAGAGAGAACGAUUUUAUCUUCUUCCCAUCUCAGGAGCAAGGGAAAGAGUGCCACAUAUCUAAAGAAGAGGUGCUGUGAGGGAUGAUGGAAUACUUGUGUCCGUUCUUCUUCCGUGCUGUUCAGCUGCUGCGUGGUUUGUUUUAACUGAUGCUUCGUGAGUACCCAGUAUUAAAACUCUAACCCUGGCAGGGGAUUUCAUCUAGACAGCAACAGGCUGCGUUAGGGGAAGACCGGGGUGUUUGACUAACAGUAUGGACGACAUAAGUGUUGCGUAUGAGCUUGACAGUUCAUGCCAGCUUGGCAGUAUUACCCAUAAUGUACGUUUACGCAGAAACACUGAUUCUAAACCAUCAGAACGGCAGUGUGAUGCUGAUGUUAACUGCAUGAAGAGUCGACACCAAAGGCUCAUGAUGGUUGACUGACCCUCAGGAACAGUGUUUGAAAGCAAAGAGCAGCUCUAAAACCCUCAGAAGACCAAAGAUUCACAUAUGUUGAGAUAUUUAUUUUAUGUAAAGUUUAUUCAAGUCACAAAACAUUUUUAUUUAUUUGUAACUCUUAUUAAUUAUAUUACAGUUGUUAAAAAAAAACAAAAAACGUUUUUUGUUCUCAUGCAGUUUAUCAGUGUUCGAUCGCGUUAAGUCCCUGGUUAAUGUUGUCAGUGUUCUUCCUCUUUUCUUUGGUUUUUAUGUGAGAUAUGAUGGAUUAUGCCAUCAAAAAGCCCUGACAUUUUGAUGGUGGUCUGGAAAUGUCAACGUUGUUUCUUCAUUCAGAAGUCAAUAAGCAAUGGCUUCAUCAUAUAUUAUGUUUUAUAUUCACUGUAAUACACUUUUUUUUUUAAGCUUGAUAUUAAUUGUAA